AUGGCUGCAUCAUCUUGCUGCGGCAUGUUCGGAUCAAAAGGACCUAAAAAACUUCAACCCAAUAGAUUUCCGAAACCGCCAGGAUUCGAUGAUAGUCCCAGUCAUGCAAAUCAUCCAAAUUUCCAGGGAGCCCCACCAACAAACCACGGUGGUAUGUCUCCAUCAGAAUCAGACGGACACUUAAGCUCUGGUGGUAUGUCUCCGCAAGAAUUUCGCAGAGAAGCACCAACCCAUGUUUCUGGAAAUUCAUUCAUGCCUGCAGCAGGAUUCCCAGGAGGACCACCAGGGCCCGGUCAUAUGCUUCUAGCAGGAUUUCCUGGAGGCGCACCACCCCCCGGUGCUAUGCUUCAAGGAGGAUACCCCGGACACCAAGGAAUGUACGGAAAUACAGGAAUGCAAGGAAAUCCAGCUUUCGCAUAUCAAUUAAAUCAUGGCCAAGGAAUGCCGCCAAGAUACCAGCUGACCUCAGAUAAUUUAGUUAAAACAAGAAACACAGGAUCACAGAGUCCAGAUCCUUCGUUACAGUGGAAAGGAUAUACGCUGCAAGCGGGUGAGAAAUCAUACAGUCCAUAA